AGCGGAUAUAACACCGACUAAAAUAUCCAUAAAAAACAACCACACAUACAAACUGCUUGAUUUCAUCGAGCGCGCACCACAGUCAGAGGACAUCGAACGCAGCCGUGGAAAAAGCAACCUUUUUAGAAGCAAGAUGAAAAACGCCGCAGUGUUUGUCUUUGCGUUAUUGUGCUUUGAGCUUUCUUAUGGCAUGAAUAUAAUGGAUUUAUUCAAGUCAAUGCAGAAUAAAGAGGGAUGCAAGGAUAGAUUCUGUACAAGAUGUCUAUCGGGAUGGAUGAAGAAUCAUCAAAGGGGGGUCCCYUGCGUCAAGUCUUGUGCUGAUGGAUUCUACAAGCAUUACAACCCUACUAAUGAUGAGUACAGCUGCAGAAGUUGUCGUAAAAACUGUAAGGAAUGCAGUGAUUGGUUGAACUGUGAUGUCUGUGGUCAGGGAUACUCAUUAAUGGAAACUGCAUUUCGACGAUGCGUUGCAAAGUGUCCUUCAAACUUCAUAACCACUGAAACAGAACGAGGGCAGAUCUGCCAGCUAGACACUUCUGGUUGUACGGAYGAGAGCUGCACUGAUUGUCAAUCAGGAAUGUACCUCYUAGAAGGCUGGAUAGCUUCGCAGUGCGUAGGCGAGUGCCCCAAUGGUUACUAUGGUGCCGAGGAAGACGGGAUGCUUAAAUGCAGAAAAUGCCUCUACAACUGUGAAAGAUGCUCAAGUGGCAUGUCAUGUGACAAGUGCAUGGCGGGAUACUCGCUCGUUUCGAACGAUAACAGGUUUUAUUGCCUGAAUCGAUCAGUAAAGGUUCUUUAAUAGAUGCUGCAAUUAUUGAUACAUAUACCAAUAAAAGAACCAAAGUAACUCAACAAUUAUUGGCGCAUGACUGUGGGCUGAUUUUUGGGCUUGGCUGAUUKUAAUUCUCAAUUUUGAGAGCGUAGCAGUAGUGAUAACAAAAAAACAAUUGUAACUAUAGCAACGAUAAAAAACAAUAAAUAUCUUGGUCGACCAUGAUGCAUUGCGGUAAAUCAAGUAUACACUCGAAUUACGGACACACCCCUCAUUACGGACACUUUCAUAUAAUCCUUACAUCAAAGAAAUUGCUAAAAGCAACUCCUUUUUACAGCAGGCACUAGUAUAGAAACUAAAAUUGGUGGCUAUUAUAAUGACAGAUUUAUUUGUUGUUGCUUAGAGUUUUGCAUCUGCGCAAGUUUUAUUGAAAUUAAUCGGUCGUGUUAAAUGUGCGAUGCAUCUUGUGGUCGACUAGAGCAGUAGUCACAUUGUACUCUUUAUGUUAAUCCCAAAGCCAAUAAAACUCAUAAAUUUAA